GGUUUGCGAGCUGUGUGAAGUUGGCUCUACGAAGCGAUUUUCUUCGUGAACGAACAACCUCGUUAUUAGCAUUUUUGCAGUUUAGCCAACAUAUUAGACAUAAUAAUUAUUGAACAAAUGGAUACAAAACACAAUCACAGGAAUGGUGAAAAUAAAUUUGUUUUCUCCAUUCGCUAGUGUUGCAGAACUCGAAGGCACGUGAAUAUUUUCUACUGUCGCCGAGCCACGGAGCGGAAUCGACGUCUGAAGUAGCGGCAUGCUUGCCGUAGUGCCGUGUGCCCGUUUCAUAAUAAAAUUGUGAACUCUGGUGUGUUUAAAAAAAAUUAGCCCGUGGCUCAGUCGAGCCGAGCUAUUUGAGUUCUGAAAUUGGCAGAAUAAUGUCUGUUGAUGAGUUCAAGAAUCUGCUCUGGGGUCCCAGUGUGAAAGAAGAUGUCUUCAAACGGUGGUCUCAAGGAUUCGUGUUCAGUGACGCUGAACCGACCGCUCUCGUCCAAUGGGAAGGUGGUCCCUGUGCCGUUUUGGCCCCAGUUCAAGCAUUUAUUCUGAAGUCCCUGAUUCAGGGCAACAGCUUGCGUGAGCAAUGGCGAACGGUGGAUCCUAGUCAAUGUAACGAGUUACUGGCAAGUGCCUUGAGCGAAGUGCUUCUGCAGGCUGCCGUCGAGGAUCAUUCCAUAAAACUUUUCCGUCUAGAUGAUGCCCUUCAGCCACAAGUCUCAAGCACAGUAGAGGAAUCUCCUGCGUCCGUGGAGGCAGCUGAUGACCAGCCAAAUCAAGAAUCUGAGGCUUCACCUGCAAAGCCUGCGGAGGAAAUCGAAGUCUGCUCUUCCGACUUCCAUCAAAGACUGCAGGUGGAGAACGUUAGUAGAGAAAAUCUACCGGCUGAAAUUUUGAAGAACAUUGACAAACUGAAAUCUACUUACGGUGUUCUACUUUUCCUUUACUCAGUUUUGGGUACCAGAGGUCUGGAGGAAAUGAAAAAUGAGCUGUCCGAUAUUGUUGAGCCUAUGAUUGAUGACAACCAUGGCUAUGGCAGUCAAAGUUUGAUCAACCUGGUGCUUACUGGUCGUGCUGUUGGAAAUGUUUGGGAUGGGGAUCAAAAUGUUGGCGGUCUUAACUUAAGGGGCAUAGAUAGACAGAGUGAGGUUGGCUUUUUGACUCUGUUGGAGCAUCUUAGAUACCUAGAGGUUGGCUCCUUUUACAAAAGUCCCAAAACCCCUGUCUGGGUUCUGGGAAGUGAAACCCACCUAACAGUUUUAUUCUCGGUUGAGAAGAAACUUGUGAGCCCCGAAACAGCAAGCGAAGCUGGACGGAGAGUAUUCAAAAGCUUCGACCCAGAGGGCAACAACUUUAUUCAGACCAAAUUCUUGGCAGAUGUUCUCAAAGCGUUAGACUUAGUUUCAGAACCUGAAUAUGUUGAAAUUAUAAGGAAAAAGAUCGACAGUGAAAACCUAGGAAUCAUUCUCUUGAAUGCCUUCAUGGAGGAGUUUUUCCCAACUGAAAAAAGUUCCACGCCUGAUACUUUUCCUCUCUAUCACUACAAUGGACUGCAUAGAUCUUGCCCCAAUGGAAAGGUGGAAUAUAUUGAAGGCCAGGCUGUGACUCUUGAGAGUUUGGUUGGACCCAGCAUGUCUGACAGCAACGCUAUGCUAACGUGCCUGCAAACCAAGUGGCCAAGUUUGGAAGUCCAGUGGCUCGCUACUGCCACUCCGUCGCUCAAUUGAGCCAGCUUAGCGGUGGAAGCAAAAAGACUUGUUGACAAGCCAAAGUGUUGGAAUAUUUUUGUCUUGAAGAACUUUAAUAUUUUGAAACUAGUUUCACUUAAAAAAAACGCAUUUUUCAAACUUUGAAUAAACAAUCAACUGAGAAAAGUUCUGGAUAUAU